AUGGCUUCGUCGAUCCCAGCCCUGAAGAACGUGGUCGAGCCGGCAUUCAUCGUCUUUGCGUUCACCAUAGGCACCCUCAUCAACCGCCGCAGACCGGAGUAUGAUGAUGACGUAGACGCCUGCGAGCGUGGGUCGGAGGAUUCGUCGUCUCGCCCCACCUCUCCGCUCCUCAAGCCGGGGAUGCGCGUGGAGGCGGCGGAGGGGUCCCGCGUUAACAGCAACCUCCUCGUUCGGUUCUACAGAACAUUCCCCUUCCUUUCGGAGAUUUGGUAUUGGAACUUGACAUACUGGGUCUAUCAACUCCUCCGUGCGUUCUCGGCACGCAUGAUAGCCGGCAACGAAGCUGUCUUCAACCGCGCCCGUGACCAUGCCAUCAGUAUCCUGCACUUCGAGAGGUUCUUCGGUUUCGACAUCGAGCUCGGCGUCCAGCAAUAUGUUCUCAACAGCGUGCCAUGGCUAAUGCCCAUCCUGGCUAAGAUCUACUACUCACACAUCAGCCUCGGCAUCUGCUUCAUCAUUUACACGUACUCCUUCCUGCCCCCGAGCACGUUCCAACGAAUUCGCCGAACGAUCGCCAUGGACAACGUCGUCGCCUUCUUCAUCGUCACCUCGUGGCGCUGCAUGCCACCCCGACUGCUGCCGGCCGAAUACGGAUUCAUCGACAUUCUGCAUAGCGCACAGGGAGGAGGAAACGCGUGGACUCACAACAAGUUCCAGCUCACGAUUGCGGCUAUGCCGAGUCUUCACUGUGGUACCGCGCUGUUCCUCGCAUGGUCCAUCUGCCGCUUCUCGCCCCACCGCCCGCUCCGCCUCAUCGCGCCCCUGUGGCCCAUGGCCAUGUUCCUGACGAUUGUUGCGACGGCGAAUCACUUUGUUCUCGAUGCGAUGGUUGGUGCUAUGGUUCCGGUCAUUGGUUGGAGAUACAACCACGUCAUUCUCUACCUCAAGCCCAUGCAGGACAAGGUUUUGGAGGGGCUUGGGUUGAAGGUUCCGGAAGAUGAGCGGCCUACUCCCAUUCCGAAGGAGUGGUAG